CGCCGCGCCGUCCGCACGUGCCGAUGUCCGCGACAGAUAUUCGUAUUUUAAUCGAAUUCUGGUGGAUUCUAUUUUAUUAUUGUAUUUUUUUAAAUACCAUAGUAGAUUCUGUUAUAAGGCGGUUAUUAAGUGGUAUAGCUAAUCUAUUUGAGUUAGAUAUUGACGAUGAUUAAAACAGUGAUGUGUUGAUUUUAAAAACAUUUAGUUUUAAUUUUUAUUUAUUUAUUCAACCUGUGAUAUAGUUUUAUUUUAUAUUUAGUGUUUGUUAGUUUGUAUUGUUUUAAUUUUUAUAUCCAAAAUGCCGGAACAAGCUGGGAUUAUUACGAUUCAUCAAAUGCGCCUGCACCGGUGUGAGGGGUGUCUCGCGGCGUGCGGCCGACAGCGGCGCGCCACGCCGCUCUCUACCAUACCCAGGACUAUAGCCAGGACUAGAGCGUUACAGAGAGCAAGACGAGGUCCUUACACGCAGACAAUGAGCAAGGAGAACUGCCUGAAGAUGGAGACGCCGCCCACUCCGCCAGAUAACGAAGCACCCCCGAUGCCAUGGUUCGGCAUGGACAUCGGCGGCACCCUGACCAAGCUGGUGUACUUCGAGCCCCGGGAGACGAACCGGCGCGAGCUGGACAAGGAAACGGAGGUCCUGAAGAACAUCAGGCGGUACCUCACCAGGAACUCCGCGUACGGGAAGACUGGCAGGCGGGAUGUACAUUUGCAGAUGGAUAACGUAACAAUCCGCGGCAGACGCGGCACGCUCCACUUCAUCAGGUUCCCCACGUCGGAGGUGGGGGCGUUCCUGCAGCUCGCGCGCUCCAAGGGCAUGGCCGACCUGGUCAACACUAUAUACGCGACCGGCGGCGGCGCUUACAAGUUUGAAGAGGAUUUUAUUAAGGAAGUGAACAUGCGCCUCUCGAAGAUGGACGAACUAGACGCUUUGAUAGCGGGCGUGUUGUUCGUGGACUGUAUGAACGCGCAGGAGUGCUACUACUGGGCGCCGCCCGACGAACAGGCCGUACACACGCAUGUCACUGACUCGCCGCCGUAUUCAGAAGCCGCGCUAAGCCUGUACGUGCGGAAGCCGUUCGAUUUCUCGUCCCCCUACCCCUUCCUACUGGUGAACAUCGGGAGUGGGGUGUCGGUGCUCGUCGUCAACGCGCCCGACGACUACUACCGCGUCAGCGGGACCAGUCUCGGCGGUGGUACAUUCCUGGGCCUAUGUUGCCUACUGACUGGCUGCAGCAGCUUCGAGGAGGCCAUAGCGCUAGCAGCCUCCGGAGACAACACCACCGUGGACAAACUGGUCAGGGAUAUAUACGGCGGGGAUUACGCCCGGUUCGGACUGCCCGGGGAUUUGGUUGCUAGCAGUUUCGGGCAGAUGUGCUCGGCGGAGCGGCGCGCGAAGGUGUCCCGCGCGGACCUGGCGCGCGCCACCGUCGUCACCAUCACCAACAACAUCGGCUCCAUCGCACGGCUCUGCGCCUCCAACGAGGGGAUCGAGAGGGUGGUGUUCUGCGGCAACUUCCUGAGAGUGAACCCGCUGUCUAUGAAGCUGCUGUCGUAUGCAAUGUCGUACUGGUCCAGAGGCGCUUUGAAAGCACUCUUCUUGGAACAUGAAGGCUACUUCGGUGCAGUCGGGUGUCUUUUACAUUUAGACAGCAAAACUCACAGGCGUAAGCAAGCUGAAGCCGCCACAGCGGACAGAUGAACGACAAUACACCUUACCGCCUUAUAUUUAGAGCUCAAAUUCCAUUGCAAACCUCGCUACCCCCCGUUACCUUAGUAACAGAAAGAAUAAAAUCAACCGUUUUGGUUAUAAAUAGUGUUUUAAUGUAUGUCUUGUAUAUUUUGCUAGCUUUUGUUUUUAAUGGGGAGUUUCUAUAUAUGUACUUGAUAUAUAAAGCUGAAGAGUUUGUUUUGAAGCGAUAAUCUCCGAAACUGCUGGUCCGAAUUUGAUAAUUAUUUUUGUGUGGAUUAUUCAACACAAAAAUAAUUUAUCAGUAACAGCGACAAUCGCCGCAUCGCCUCUAGCAUGGCUUGAAACUAGUCGAGUUCCUCGCCAAACAGUUACGUGAGUAAGCCGAUAACAUAAUAAUUCAGUUUGUUACUCUUUCCCGCAAAAACUACUGAACAGACCUGUAUGAAAUUUGACACAGAUAUAGUUUAUAGUCUUGAAUAGAACAUAGGCUACUUAUUAUCGUCGAAACAUGAGCAAAUCCGCCGGCAAAAGCUAGUAAAGUAUAAAAGAUAGACAAAAAAUAAAGCGAGUAUUUUAGCUCCCCAAGUUUUUUAUAUUAUAUAGUAAAAUAGAAUUAUAUAGUACAUAGAUUAUUACAUAUAAGGUGUUCUAAAAGUAUCUGCCACGGCUUUAAUGGGAGGUAGUAUUGUUAGAAGAUUACAAUAGUGAAGAAAUUUCGUACCCUGGACCAGUUAAUUCAAUUUGAGAACAUAAAGAAGUUAAAUAAACAUUGACUCUACUCUGCAUAAAGUGGUUCACAAAUACGCACGAUGCGUCGCUUCGUCAAUGAAAACAAUUGCUAUCAAUCGUUUUCAUUGACGAAGCGACAGAGACAGUGAAAGAGAUAGCUCUUUCAUAACAAACUCAUACAUAGAUAUUUUUGUAUUGAUCAAUAAUUUAUAUUCACUAUUGUAAUCUUCAAACACAACACUACCUCCCAUUAAAGUCGUGGCAGAUACUUUUAGAACACCUUAUGAAUUAUUGUUCAUGGGAUAUCUUUGUGUAUGUGUGAUCAGAGGGGGUAAAUGCCUGUGUAUGGCAAUAGGCUCACCCCCUAUUACAUGGGACUUAUAACACAAAUGGUGAAAAGUGUGUGUACAUUGUAUAGCGGCAUUACGUGUCGUAAUGUGCACCUCUGCCUACCCUUUCGGGGAUAAAAGGCGUGUCGUUGUGUGUAUAUAUUUACCCUCUGGUCAUACACACAUGAAAUGAAGGUUUUAGAAAAAAAAAACAAUGUUUUUCAUAUUUAAUAUAUUAAUACAAAGUAAUGACA